AUGCACCGCGAUAUGGGUAUGUGGGAUACCACAGCAUGGGAUAUCAGAUAUAUCAGUCGCCCCGGGUCGCUAGUCUUGCAGGACGGGCGCGCCAUCGCGGGGCAACCUUUUCCUGACUUCACCGUACCAUUGCGGAUGGGGAACUUUCUCGGCAGCUCGGCACCGCCAACGAUGGGCGAAGAGGGACUGCUAUGGGUAUUGCAAAUAGGAGUCGACAUUAAGGAAGAGGAACGAAUUCCUGGAAUAUGUAUCUCGCAUCUAUCUUCGACGGCCGUUAAUGCGCUCAAUUCCGAUCUCGUCGAACGCGACCGUUUUAUCUACCAGGAAAGAGGAACCAAAAUAUCCGGGACACCAUUCAACGAAAAGGAAACGAAGACAAAGCACAAGGAAACCCGAGGUAUUACAUCCGUCCUGCAUAUCAUCUGCGCGUUUCAAACUGCCUGUCGCUACAUGUAUGCGCCAGAAAAGCCCAAGUGA